AUGGCGACUUCAGCCAACCUUCCGCCUGGUGCUAUCCCGGCCAACGGCAUGAACGACCCUUUCACUGGAGGCAAUCCUGGCCCACUAAGAUAUGCCUCGCUUGAUACAGACCAGCUUUCGAUAUAUUCUACAAAUUCUCCAUCACACGCGAAGAGAGCCCUGGAGGCGCACUUACGCGACACCGACCGUCGGAUUCAGGAUGCUUCGCGCUUAGGAACUACUCUGGUACAGCAGCGGAAGGAGUUGAAUGCGAGGCUAGAGGAUAUCAAGCAGGUCCAGCAAGAUGAUGAGGUGCCUGCAGAUCUCCGCAAGAAGCUCGCCGAGCUGGAGAAGGAGUACAAUGAGGUGGGGAAGGAGUCAGCGAGAGCAUUUCUGCCCAAGUCCCGAGCACCACCGCUUGGCAAUGAGAAUGGCGAAACACCCACAGUACUCAGCGGACAAGCCAGAGAAUCGCCGACCAAGGUCUCUGCGCCAUCCAGACGACAACGUAACCAGCCUAAUAAUCGUGUCCACGACAUUGAAUUUGCAACGGAAAUUAGUACUUCCUUGCUUGCCCAAGUCAGGCAAUUACAGACGGCCCUUGCGGAGAAGGACGAUGCACUCAAGGAGACCACUUCGGCAAAGCUGCAGCUGGAGUCUGAGGCAGCGGGUUUGGUUGCGCGGAUUAAGCAGAUGGAUGAGCAUGAGCAGAGAUACAAGGAUGAGAAUUGGAAUCUUGAGAUGAAACUUCAGGAGCUGGAGGGCAGUCUCAGAGAUACCACGGACAAGCACGAUCGGUUGCAUCAGACACUCAAGUCUACUCAGACUGAGCAUACAGGCGCUCAGAGGGAGCUAGACGAGCUGCGCGUGUCACACGAUAAAUUGAGCGAGGAUCAGGCGCUUGUCAAGAGACAGCAGGAGGGUGAUAUACACACGCUUCGAAGAGACGUGGCCAAUCAUCAGACUGAAAAUGAGACAUUGCACAAGAGAGUCACCGAGCUCACGAUGCAGAACACCGAGCUUGCACGAGCGGUCUCCUCGAACUGGAAUCAGCGUGGCCAAGCAUAUGAUAGCGAGCUCGUAUUAGCCACCGAAGACAUGAGCGACGGCGAUGCUUCACCUGAGCACUCUGUGCCUGUGUCGCCUGUGAAGGGUACACCGGGCCAUGGCAUGCUCGAGUCCGAGACGUUGCGAUCGAGUCUCAACCACGCUCAUAGGAUGAUCCAGAAUCUCAAGAAUAACAUCCACAGGGAGAAGACUGAAAAGAUCGAGCUCAAGCGCAUGCUCCAGGACGCCCGGGACGAGGUCGAAGCACGACGAGGUGAGACUGGCGCCGGUGCCAGCAUGGCGAAGAAGCGCAAGGGUGAAGUGGAGAACAAGAACAAGAAGCCUACGCGACUUGGUGGUCUUGGUGCCAACAGGAAUAGCACGACCGAGAUCAUGGAGGAUGAGCCGGAUUGGGAAGAUCAUGAGGGCGAGAGAACACCCAGCAAGUCUCAUUUCGCUCCCAUGGCCGGCGGCGCACUUGCUGGAGCUGUUGGAGUGGCUGCUUUCGAUCACGCCUCAUUCGGUGAAGAGAGCAGCACCACGGAUGCCUUUGAGACGGCUAAUGAGAAGGAGAGCACAGAGUUCGAGACUAGUAACGAGGGCCGUUCGGAUGGCGAGGGCGAUCUGACUGAAACUGAAAGUGGUCUCAACCGCUCUAGCAAUAGCCGCCCAUCUCUUUCUAGCGCUAAGGCUGGCGACAGACGGUCAUACAUGUCCACUGCUUCGACAUCAGCCGAUGAAGACGAUGAGAUCCGCACACCUGUUCCAGCGGUACAACCGAAGUACAAGCUUCGCAUGGGUCGUGGUGGAAACAGACGCUCGGGACGCGCCAGCGACAUCAUGAGCGAUAGCCCGAACUUCGCAAACAGCCCUUCUUCAAGCAACGGUACACCACAACCCGCUGGUCAAAGCCUUGGCGACGAGCUCGACGCUCUCGACGAUGAUAGCACGGAGGGGACACCGAGUCGCAUCCUCGAUGAUCCUGCGACUUCACCUGCGACGGAGCGACAGCGCAGCCUUGAGUUGGAGUCACCGGCGACAGCUGGAGAUGCGGGGACUGCCAACGAAGCAGAGUAUGAGCCGGAAAUCAGCAGCCCAACCAUGAGUCCCGGACACGCGCCUGCACAUGGCGAACAAGAAGAAAUGGCUUACCAGGCCAAUGUUGCCAUGCUUGCACAUGAAUUUGCAGUCAAGAAGGCUGGUAUGGUAGAUGCUGGUAUGAUGACUGAGCCUUGGGGGCCGGCGGUGCAGUCUUCCGCUGAAAAGCAUACCAUCCGUGAUCGCGCUACUGAGAUUGUGGGAGGUGCGCUUGCUGGCUUUGGGCUUGGGAGUCUGGCCAAGAGUCAUCACGAUGACAAAGACGCUGGGGAGCAUGUAGAGCCUGGUGCUGAGAAGGAUGUGCCUGAGAUCACGAGGACGGAGGCACCUUCCCAGGCCCAAGUUCUUGUCAAGAAAGCGUCUCACGACGACGAGGCACCGGACGCGGAAGACGUUGCGGCCGCCGCUGCUGUGCCCAUGGUACCAAGUCAUGCUUCUGCCGCAGUCGAUCCUGCUAAGGCCCUAUCGCGAGAGAACUCUGAGAUACCGGACACCUCAGCCACCGUGCUCAAAGAGCAAAAGUCCCUCGCAAGCAUGUUUACCGAGAUCAGAGCUCCUGUAAUACCCUUCCAGCAGUCGAUGAUCAUCUCGCAGGAAACGGAACCGAUUACGCCUCAGCUGCCUGAACAGAUACGGGCUCCUGCGCCCAUUCAGAGACAAGCUGCUCAGCCCGAAACGCCGCACAAGGCUGCUGCCCCGUUGGCUGUACAAGGCCAUGAAGCGCAGAACCUCAACUACGCGUCUGUUGACGCUCAGCACUUCGAGCCUAUCGGAGCGCAAGGGCCACUCACGCCUCUUUUGCCGAAGCGUAGCUCGCGGAGACUAGACAUGCUGUACGACGAUGAGGAGCCAGAGGCGGGUCUUCCAGACAUGUCCUCGCGUGAGAUCCCUGGCACCGACUUUGCAAGACCAGGUGCAGCCUUCUUUGCCAUGGCACCUCCGCUAUUGAAGCGGACGCGAUCGCAGAGCCACCCGGCCCUACCUUCCAGGCUGGAGAAUGACCGCGACCUCAUCGAGCCGAAGGUGUUUGGUGGUGUUCGGUCUGGCUCAAGCGGUAUCCCUACGCUCAUCUUCGGUGACGACGAUGAUACUCGCGAGGAGCCGCAUGAUUUCCUGGUGCCAAGCUCAGCUAACACCAUGCCUCCCCACGAGCGCUCUAUCUCGAACGAUAGCAUGAUACCAGUGACCAAGCCUCUGCAAGUCAAGAAGCCGAUGGUGGAUGAGAGCUCACAGACGAUGGUGUCUGGCACUGAGAUCGAUGAUAUGCUGCGCAACAAGAGUCGCACGUCAUCUAUGACCGAUGGCGGCUAUUUCCCUGGUAAGUCGACCACACCAACGCGUCGUUCGAUCGAUGGCGCGGUACUCAAUGAUGCUCUACUGGGUCGCGGACCUAGACGACCAGCAAGUGCAGGCAGCAUGCGCAACAAGGGAGCUAUAGCGGUACCUCCGCCACUUCCCGAAGAUUCCACCGCUCGUAUCACAGCUGCACAGCACCACCCUACUUCUUCUGGGUCGGCCACGGCUGGUUCGAUGGGUCCACCGAUCAUGCCGGCUUCAGCAUACAAGUCCAGCAGGCCAAAGACACCCGUCGACCGCGCAGCCGAGCGCCAAAUGUCUCGUGACGGCACAACACCUCGCCCGAUCCGACACCGUGAUAGUAGAAACGCUGUACCCGGGUCUGCCGGCGUGUCUCGACGCGGCUCUGUAUCAUCCUUUGCAUCAGAGCUCGACGAGCGCUUUAACAUUGGGCGGGGCGAUCUGAUGUAUCCGAGCGACGUUGUGCCCGCUACAGAUCCACGCAUGAUUCAGGCUAUUACCCAGACCAUGAUUGGUGAGUACCUGUGGAAAUACACACGCAAAGCUGGAAGGAGCGAGACUUCUACUACGAGACAUCGACGGUUCUUCUGGGUGCACCCGUAUACGCGGACGCUAUACUGGAGUGAGAAGGAUCCGAGUACGGCUGGUAGAGACGUGCUGAAGGCGAAGAGUAUGGCGAUACAAUCUGUACGCGUCAUUACUGAUGACAAUACCAACCCGCCUGGUCUCCACCGAAAGUCUAUCGUGGUGGUAACACCGGGUCGGGAAAUCGUGUUCACGGCACCUACUGGCCAACGCCACGAGACAUGGUUCAACGCCCUUUCAUACCUCCUCCUUCGCACAGAGCAGGAGAAGAAAGAAGCAGAUGACACUUUUGACGAAGCGGAACUGGGGGAGUUCAACCCCGGUUUCAGCAUCCGCCGAAGUAUCAGUCGUAUGACGGGUCGCGAUCAUAGCCAGAGCAGACAGAGUCUGAGCAGCUAUAACAGCCGUGGGACACGCGCGAGUAGUCCUCGCCGUGCUGAGGCACCAGCUAAUAGCUUGACGCAACGACAGUCAAACGCAGCUCUGAAGACAAAGACCGCGCCGGCAGCUGCAGCUGCCUCUACCCUGGCUCCGCCGGCGGCGGCAAGCACUCAGAAGUCCGACACGGACCCACGAACAAGCACAAUGCGCAGUGAUCGGGGCAGCUUCUCGGGUCGACUGAGCUCGCUGGCGAGUAGAUUCCGUCCCGGGAGCAGUCAACGCGGAAGCUUCUCAACAACACGUGGACACAGUUCCUUCGGCGGCCGCACAGGCGAUCCGGCCGAGAUCUACGAUGCUAGUGUUGUAAGCGACAGUGCGGAAGACUUGCGGAAUGUGAUCGAGAGGCAGGAGAAGGAGGCGGACCGGUUGGAGAAUGUGAGGGCUUGUUGUGAUGGUAAACACGACGUGGGUUCCAUAUCACGCAGUGGCCGUCACUCGAGUUUCGGGAAUAGAUUUGGGAGUGGGAGUCAUCCUCACGCUCAUACACAUGCUCAACCCCGAGCAGAGCCUAUCAAGUCUUCGCAGCGACCUAGGAGGGGCGAAUGA